GAUCGUAUAACGAACAGUUUAUACAUGGUGAUAAUACCGGUUGGUUCAUUGCUGAUAGUGUUGGCAUGCAAUGUAGCGUUAUUCAUAUCCAUAUCACAUCAUGCCACUGUAGUGGCCUCCUUCGAGAAUCGACGUCGUAUCAACGAAACAUCACAGCUGGCUCGUGCAACUUGCAUACAGGCUGCAACACCGUUAAUCAUGCAAGUACCUUCGUUGCUGGGUAUAUUCAGUAUCAUGGGCGCCGAUUUGAAUUGCGUACGUCCUUUUAACAGUAUGCAGCAGGUGUUCGCGUGUUAA